AUGAUCACAGCCAAGACCUUGACAAAAGACGUUGUGCGGAACAUUGUGAUCCCUGAGACUAGCAACGAACAGAGUUGCUACAUGGCCUCGGAUUUCAUGAUGAAGCAUGGCGGGGGGAAGAGAGCGCAGAAACUAGUGAGUCAUUGGUGGGAUUCAGAGCUCUUCACCACAGUGCUCAACAUUCUCUCAGAUGCAUCUGGUUUUGAUCUCCAACGCCUCAAGGAACAAUAUGUGCGCGGCGAUAAGUUUGACGCAGACAGCUUUCGAAAAAACAUCGGAAUGGAGAGGCGUAGUGUGUUGGAAAAUACGUACUGGCUCUGCAUCUUUGCAGUUAAUGAGCACAGAUGCAUUUGUGGUGACUGCUGGACUUGUAACGACAAGCCUGAGUGGAAAAGCAACCUGCCGUCUUUCUUAGAGAAGACCCUUGCUUAG